UCGUCGGGUGCGCGUCUUAAAAUGGCAAAGGUGUUAGUCAUUAUCUGCGCUCUACACAAAGUCAUACACGCCGACAUCAUCAAAGAAGACGUUCAAUUCCUCAACGAACUACCUCUGGAUAAAUUAUUGAAAUUAAAAUCUUCGUUACAAGAGUUAGUGACCACCGAGUUUGAAAAUGUUACGACAACGACACCGAUUUAUGAGAACUUCGGAGCACAAGCCAUGGCGGUACAAGCACCUUCGCCUAUCAAAAGAGGUGACUACGAAGAAGAAACGUGGCACAAGAGCGGUCAUAGUAGCAAGAUUAGCAACAUUUUCUCCAUGUCAGUGACGACGUUGGCGUUUCUUGCAUUUGGAGGCUACCUUCUGUGCCUAAUCGUCCAUGCUGUCAGGAGUAAGCAGAUGUAUUACAAUGCCAUGGCCACGACUGUUGCACCGGCGACUUUCUUCGUCAGUGCUGGAAUAAAGAAGAAACCUCAGCCGCAGUUUGCAACGUAUGGGAGGAGACGGAGGGCGUAUAGGGAGGAGAGGAGUUUAAAUCAAAUACACUUGCCACCUGAGCAGCUGUAUUCGGCGUUAGUACAACUUUGCGAAGGAUAUGCUAAGUGGAACAACAGGUACGGUGACAAAGAAGUUUUUACUCAUUGGACUAAUGCCUGA